UUAUCCUUUCUACAUCUUUAACAUUUAUGCAUAUAAUUAUAUCAUUUUGGAGGACAAAUUGAAGUGCCUGACCUUGCCUAAAAGUCUACUUUACAUUCACAUACUGGAUAACCUGAUUUAUUGAAUAACUGAUUAAUUUUAUUGUUGUACUGCAGGCACUUAUAGCCCCUGACUUCAAAAAAUAAAAAUGCCACCCAACAAAGAAAUGCUGGUGUUUUCAGCACUCUUUGCCUUCCUGGGAUUGACACAAUGUCAAAAUUUGCCAAGUUUCAAUCUGCUGGAGGAGUUUCGUGUUCCUGAGUCGAGAGGGGUACAGAGAGUGGACGGCUCUCAGCCUGAGGCGGUGGCCUACCGUGUCAACCCUUCAAUCCAUCUACGGAGGACCAUGAGCGAUGUGUAUCCAGAUGGACUUCCCUCCGACUACUCCGUCAUUGCAACAUUUAAGGUGAUCAAGGACGCAGCCAAGCAGUCCUGGGACCUGUGGCAGGUUAGCGACCCCGAGGGACGAGAGCAAAUCGGCCUGCGGUUCCACGGUGAUACGCGCUCUUUAGACUUCUUCUACACCAGCCCCCAUGGGAGCCAGAUGCUGAGGACCUUUCAUGAUGUGAAAAAAUUAUUUGACGGCGAGUGGCACAAAUUGGCACUGAGUGUGAAGGGCAGCCAGGUGAAGCUGCUGAUAGACUGUGAAGAGGUCAGUGUGGAGUCCAUCGACCAGCCGAGGCCAGUCAUCCACCGAGGGUACACCUCUAUCGUCAAGCGGGCGGCACGAGAUCGCUCUGUGUCUGUGGACCUGCAGCAGAUGGAGGUGUCAUGUGACCCAGAGCAGGCUUACUCAGAGGGCUGCUGCGAGCUCUCUAGUGUGUGUGGAGGCUACGCAGAGAUCGGCCUCACAGCUGGAAGAGCAUCUUGCAAAUGUAUGCACGGACAACCCGGCGUUCAGGGACCUCCAGGGCCAAAGGGCCACAGAGGACUUCCAGGAAAACUUGGGGACCAAGGACGACAAGGAAACUGGGGCAUCCGGGGAAACACAGGAGAAUAUGGCAACAUUGGCGAGACAGGCCCAAAGGGGGAAGAAGGAAUCAAAGGCGAGAAAGGAAUGAGAGGACUCUGGGGCCAAGUGGGUGACAGGGGUCCUAAGGGGCUGAAAGGAUUAAGAGGAGCAGGAGGCCACAAGGGAGUUCGUGGACCACCUGGAGACAUCGGAGAGACUGGGAAACUAGGAGACGCUGGUGCUAAAGGCGAAAAAGGAUAUGAAGGGAUUCCUGGAUUUCAAGGAGUUAAGGGAGAAAAAGGGAAAGCUGGUGUCGUAGGCCGUGAGGGUCCAAGAGGAAAGCAGGGUAUCGUUGGAGAUCCUGGAGAGAGGGGAGCUGCUGGAGAGAAGGGGAAGCCUGGCAUUCCGGGACCUGUUGGCAGAGGUGGCACCAUCGGACCGAAGGGCAUUAUCGGAGAUCCGGGCUUGUCAGGCAGAGAUGGUGAUCCGGGAAUAGAGGCUUAUCAAGGACCACAGGGUCCCAGUGGAAAACUUGGGCGCAGUGGAACAAAGGGAGAGAAAGGCACCUUUGGGCCAGCAGGAGAAAUGGGUCCCCAAGGCCGAACUGGCCCAAGAGGUUACAAGGGUUCUGCAGGGAAGCCAGGAAGACCUGGAUUUAUCGGCCCACCGGGACCGACUGGACACGUGGGUGUGCCUGGAAAACCAGGGUCCAAGGGUGACACAGGAAUUCAGGGAAUCCAAGGAGUUAAAGGUGGACAGGGGGAAACAGGAGUUAAGGGCCCCAAAGGAAGGGUUGGAGACAGGGGUGGGCAGGGUCCUCAGGGAGGACGGGGGAAGCGCGGUCCAGCAGGCCCACCUGGACGUUCAGGUCCAGUCGGAGUUAAGGGGGUUCGAGGUGAAGGAGGACCAGAUGGCUUUCAGGGGCCCCCGGGUCCACCGGGCCCGACCCUCCCCGCUCAACACGUGAUCGAGGUUUGUAAGAAAGUGGUCCUGGAGCAGAUGUCCACCUUUGCCAACUCAGUGAAGAGGACGUGUGCUGCAGUUUGUCCUCUGUAUGGGGAUGUGCCCAUGGGUGCCCCCGGUCCCCCUGGACAGAAAGGACCCCCCGGACCUCCUGGUGACCCCGGUAAUGAUGGUGUUGAUGGAGAAGUGGGCCUGCCGGGAUUCUACGGAGAAGCCGGGGAAGAGGGCCGAAAAGGAGAAACAGGUGACAGAGGGGAUCAGGGUGAUAAAGGACCCAAAGGUCACGGCCUACCUGGAUACUUUGGAGACCAAGGACCAAAGGGUCAGCGUGGACGUCAAGGCAGAGCCUUUAACGGACAGCCCGGGAAGCAGGGUGAGAGGGGACACGUGGGCCGGCCUGGACUCAGGGGCCAUGCAGGUCUUAGAGGACCUCCAGGUGUUUGUCUCACCUCUGGGUGUGCUGUGCUGAACCCCACCAGCGCGACACCUCAGCCCACACCACGGAGGUUGAGGAAUCGCGCGUAGAGAAAAAAAAGAGGCCGAGGCUGGUCGGUGAAUUGAAUAUUGAGUUUAAAGGUGGAAAACAUGGUAGACUGUUAAUAUGUGUUUGUUCAAAUAAAUUGAAUUUUUCAUGUAAAUAUGCAUCCCAAAUGAAACGUGAACUGAACUUCUGGAACAGUUUGAUCUACAAGGUUACCAAAGACAACACCUCUGUGACUUGACUAGGAGUGGUAACAACAUAUAUUUGUAUAAAAAGACCGUCUUCAUUUAAUAGUUUUAUUUAAACUGAUUUCACAAGUCUGAGUUGUCUUUAAACAUCUGUUCUUUAUAAUAAAAAUACAAAAGUUAUACUGAUGUUUUUAGACCAUUGUGUUUACAGUUAUAUCUGUCAUGGAAUAUAAGAGCUAGUGUCAUUACUUGGAACUACGUUUAUUUUAUAAAAUACUCUUUAUAAUGUAGCAGGUAGAACAUUUUUCAAAACUUUCAAGAAGAGUGCAACUUUUGAAGCCUCAAGUUCGACAUCUUGGCCGUCACCAUAUGGUUUAUGCCAAUUGGUUCAUGCACAGAACUGAUCAGAGAUCAGAGCUGGGAAUGAUGCUAUGUUUUCAGCUAACGCUAGUGCUAGCUUGCUAGCUUGUAAGUAAAGGACAAUCGUUUUUCUAAAUGAACAGCCAAAGAGCCUCUUAGUCCAACCGAACACUGAACAAGACAUCUUUAAGUGAUCAAAAUGUUAGUUAAC